AUGUCGGAUCUUUCUCAGGUGGCCUUUAAUUCAGCGCGCGAUCUACGGCCUCCCAAAGAAAGUAGUGGCUCUGGAGUGUCUGAUAAAAUCUCUCGUCUCAAAAAUAACCAUCUUUCCCGAGUCAGGUCUCAUGGAAAUAAUAAUAGUAGCAACCACUUGGCAACAAUUGUCAGCAAAGACGGCAUAGACAGCUUAGAAACAGACACUGAUUUGAAUCAGAAUGAUGUUUCUGGAGACACUCUUUUAGGCACCCCACUGAAAAAGUCCAAGUCAAACUCAAGCUACAUUUCUGUCAAAGAAGCCUCAAGACCUCCUAUGCCUCCCCUUCCAGCAGCUACUCUGGCCCCACCAGAUACUGGAACUUCCUUUUUCUCUUCUGUUCUUUCAGCUGCUGGGAACGUUCUUCGUGGCACUUCAUCUUCUCACGGCUUAGAACAUAAAAGGUCUCUUUCGGAUGGUACUUUUUUCCGUCUCCACGAUACUUCUUCAUAUUACCACAACAAUGACUUGAAUAAGCGUUCUCUCGAUGAUCUCACCGACUCAAGCAUGCGUACUACCGCAGAGUCAGAUACUGCCUCGGCUUUCUCUGGAGUGCCUGAGCUGCGUGUCGAGCCUGCCCCUGCACGACCAUCCAUUGAUACAAUUGGUCAUGGUGAAUUGUCGUUAGAAGCAUUAGGUCUGACGCCGGUUUUAACUGCGCCGCCUCAAGCCGCAACCAUGACAUUUCCCUCUGCUUCCGCGCAACCAACUGGAAUUCCAAUUCUUAAUCUUCCAGGGCGCGGAGCGGAUGCAAACAAUUUUGGUCAACAGGGGGGAGGAUUUUCAAAUACUCAAACUUCCGCGGGUAACCGAUCAUCCGGGACAUUUAUUCCUCCGCCAAACCAUGUUGUUUCUGGUGGUGGUGGUGGUAGUGGGUCAGGACCUACAGUUAUGAGCUCCAUUCCAGUUGCUCCUCCUCCUGCAGCUGCUACCGCAAUCUCGGCUACGCCUAGCCAACAAUACUACCACAGCCCCCAACUACAAGGUGUAUCGUCUUCAUCAGUACCUCCAAUCACAACAGCACCGGGUUCAGUAGGAACAACAGCCGGAGAUGUAGCUACUUCGGAUAUUCCAGUACUUAAUAUUCCGGAACUUGUUGUUCAACAACCGGAACGCACCUCAACUCCGCAAUUUACUGUGCAGAAUCCGGAUGCCAACCUUUCUGGCUUGAACCUUAAUGUCACUGAUGCAUCAGCUGCUGCGCCCAAGAAGCACGACGACUUGCCACUUUUGAAUCCCAUCACUGGGUUGCCUGGCCCCUCUUCUUUAUUUUCCCCCGACCAACAACGCCAACCUAUUUCUUCUUCUUCCACCAUAUCUCGACCAACUUCUCCAGCUAACCCUUCUGGAGGUAUUUCAUCUGCUAUCGCUGCCUCUUCUCUUGCAAUGGCUUCCGCAGCUCUCCCUAUGGCUACGGACCAAAUUACUCACAGCAAAUCUUUCAGUGGUCCUCACACUCAUUCCACUCUUGCUACCAGCAACUCAUUUCGUCGUUCUGCUCGCGACCGGUCAUCGCUUGACGGAGCGAUUGUUCCUGGAACAGUUACUAGUUUUUUGCGCUCCCCCUCUGGAUCUCUUCGUGGUCGGCGUAGACGCAAGUCUAGUGAUAUUUCACCUAUACGGUUGAACACUUUAGUCAUGGAUAAUGAAAAAUCAGAUGGAGACGAUGUCGUCAACAAUACUACUUCUGCUAUGCAACCAGUGUCAACCAAUACAAUUCUUGGCAAUCGGCGGUCAGCAUAUAAGGGCCAUUUGGUGGGAUUUGCAUAUGCCAACAAACGACGCAAUCAAGAAUUUCACCGCUUAUUUCGAUCCUUGCCACCAUAUGAUCUUUUGCUUGAUGAUCACAGUUGUGCUCUCAGCAAGGACAUUUUAAUCCAAGGUCGCAUGUACAUUUCUGAGCACAAUGUGUGCUUUAACUCCAACAUUUUGGGCUGGGUGACAACGCUUGUCAUUGGGUUUGACGAAAUUGUUGGACUUGAAAAGAAAAUGACUGCUGGGCUAUUCCCCAAUGGUAUUACGAUUCAAACUUUGCAUAACAGGUACUCAUUUGCAAGUUUCAUAUCUAGAGACAGUGUCUACGAAUUUCUCAUGUCUAUUUGGAAACAAGCUGGUUCACGUGCUGAACAGAAUGAAUCAGGGUCGGGUGAUGGCAAUCAGUAUUUGACUGAAGACAAUGACUUUUCUGGAGACAGUGAUGAUGAUAGUGACAGUGAAACUGAUGAUGACAAUGAAGAUGAUGACGAAGAUGGAGACUCUUCUGGCUACGAGGAGAGUGGAUCUGAUUUGUCAUCUGUUUCAUCGGUUGAGUCGGAGGAUGAAUUUGGAGAUUCUGUACGCUCGCCACGGACCGCUACUGCUGGACACGAGGGUCCUAAUGGUGGCGGGCGCAAGUCUUUCCAUGAUGGGAGGGAAAAUGGUGGGUCUGAAGGUGCCAAUGGAGGAGGUGAAGAUGGUGGCAGUGGUGGUAGUAGUGGCGGUAAUGCCAAUGGAGGAGCAUCUGGUGGUGGUGGACCAGGAGAUGAUGGGAAUGGUGGUCGCAAGUGGCCUGUGUCCAAUCUUGGGCCUGAAACACAUGCACCUUCCAACCCCAAUUAUGAUUACAAUGCAGCUGGAGAAAAGCUAUUAUUGACUGAAACCAUUAAGGCGCCGCUUGGGGUUGUUGUUAAUUUACUUUUUGGCAAUGACGUCACAUGGCUGACCAAGUUUAACACUGACAAUCAAAAGAAUUUUGACCUGGCACAUUUUGGCGCGUUCAGUUCUCUUGCGCCGGAGGGGUUUCGAAAGUACGAGUACACUAAGCCAAUCAAUGGGUCGAUUGGACCGAAGCAGACGCGGUGCAUUUGCACGGACAAUAUUGAGAAGUGGGACUUGGAGAGUCAUGUUUCAGUGACGACAUCUACACAAACUCCGGACGUGCCUAGUGGAAAUAGUUUUUCUACCAAGACUAGAUAUACGAUUUGGUGGGCAGGCAACAACCAUACGACAUUGAUGCUAACUUACAAGAUGGAAUGGACUGGGCGCAGUUUGGUGAAGGGACUGAUUGAAAAGGGGACGCAGGAUGGUCAGAUGGAGUUUGCUAAGGCACUUGUUGAAGAGCUUAAUGGAACGGUCAAGGCUGUUGCUGGUCCCAAAGUUGGUGGAGCAGCGGCAGCUGGGGGCAAGAAGGGUAAGGCUGGGAAGAAGGUCAAGACCAAAGGCAAGAGCAAGAAGGCUGGUGCUGGAGAAGCGGAGGAGACUAGCAGGAGAGAACGGGAGAAGGCGGAGCGGGAGGCUAGAGAAGCAGCGGCUAGAAGGGCAGCAGCAGAGAAGAGUUAUGUUUCGAUUGUGCUUGAUAUGUUAUUGUCGAAUCCGAUUGACAUUGUUCCGAUUCCCACGUGGGGGUUUGUGUUGAUUGGUGUGUUUAUUUUGUGGUUAUUUGGAGCCUUUAGCAGUGGAGGAAGUAACAAGUAUGGUCAGUAUGACGACUUGGAAAUUCCAUUUUCGCAGUUUUUGGAUGCUCGGUCUGGGCAAUAUGAUAUUGAGCCUGAGGGUCAAAGCCGGGCUUCAUCGUGGUCAUUUGGGAAAAAGACGAAGAAACAAGGUCGUGGAGAAGAUGCUGGAGUCAUGUACCCAAUAGGUGCUUAUGGAGCGAGACUUGCGCGGAUCCGGCUGGAAGAGGAGUAUUUAUUGUGGAGUUGGAUUGAGGACCGGUCACGGUUUUUGGGGCAUGACAGUUCGCGACUUGUGGAUUAUGACAAGUUUGUGAAGCAGCAAGAAGAGGAUACGAAGAAUGGGGGUGGCAGUAGUGCAAGUGCAAGUACAAGUACAAGUACGAGUACAAGUAAAAGUAAAAGUAAAAGUGCAGUUGGUGCCGGUAGUGGUGGAUAUAGCAAGGAUUUGAGAGUCAAGUACCGGGACCAAACGUUGAAGGAGGCGGUUCGGUUGACGGAGCUUCGACUUGCUGAGAUUAAGCGGCGGUAUGAAGUUUGA